AUGGGAUGGGUGUGGAAGGACGACGAUGAAUCGGAAGAAUUCAAGUCUUCGUCCUCCGCCGGCGAAAUUGAAGCCUACAAGAAGCAGUCGUCCGAUGAGGUUUGCUCGACGAGGAAAGUGGUGAGGUCGAACUGCAAGACGGAGGAGGUGGAGCCCGGAAAGUUUCUCCGCAAGUGCGAGAAGACCGAGGAGGUUCUCAGAGAGUUCCUUGGAAAUUUUGGCCCGGCCUCAAGGCUCGCCAUCAAGAUCGAUGUUGACGAAUUCGAUGAGGCAACGACUUCUCACAGUGGCGACGCGGCGGAGUGGGGUCUCAACCCAGAUCUGGAUGUGGAUUGGGGAGAGAUAGAUCUAAGAUGGAGACAGAUUGGUGGCGGAGACAAAACAGUGGUGAUGGAGAAGGAAAGUGAGGAUUGCUCGAAGGAGGUUCUGGGUGGUGGCGGAGCGAUGACGAACUGGUGGUGGAUGGUAGUGUAUUGGACGAGAGGGUUAUUUGUGGUGAGGGAGGCGAUGGCAAAACUGGUGGCGGCGGAUUGGUUCAGGUAA